CGGCGCGUCUCUCACGCGUUUCAAUUCCAAAAUCCAAACGAAGAAAUCCCCAGCCAAAAGUCGCAGCAAUUAAUUUUUCUCCCUCCUUUCUCAUCCGUCAGAGAAAAAUAUCCCAUUAAAUAUCAUGACCAAAGAGACAACACCUCCCCUAAACACAGACUCAGAAGCCCUCACAGCGACACGCGAACCUCCCUCUCUCCCAGCCUCUCCGCUCCCUAAACGGACCAAGACAUCUCAGAAGGACAGCGAGGAGAACGCCUCUACGUCGAUUGAUUCCACCAUGACCUCGAAAACAUCCAAUGGAACAUCCGUCACGUCUCUAUCUCAACCAUUGCCGCCGCUUUACGUCAAGAAACUCACAGAGUCUGCCCAAGCACCAACCCGCGGUUCUGCCUUUGCUGCAGGCUAUGAUCUGUACAGCGCAAAGGAAACCGUGAUCCCGGCUAAGGGGAAGGCAUUGGUAGAUACGGGGCUUUCGAUCGCUGUGCCUGAGGGAACCUAUGGCCGUAUCGCCCCCCGGAGCGGUCUCGCUGCGAAGCAUUUCAUCGACACCGGAGCUGGUGUUAUUGAUGCGGAUUACAGAGGCGAGGUCAAGGUUCUUCUGUUUAACUUUUCUGACGUUGAUUUUUCAAUCAAGCAAGGAGAUCGUAUUGCUCAGCUCGUUCUGGAAAGGAUCUAUACACCUGAGGUACUGGUUGUUGACCAGCUUGAAGAGACAAUCCGCGGUGCUGGCGGAUUCGGAAGCACUGGAGCCUAAGAGAAGGCAGGAUACUGCUCUUUUUACUGAACUUCUUUCGCUUCUGAUUGAAUUGCAAUGUUAGGAAUUGUCAACUUGGCGCAUGGAGGUAUUUAACAGGUGGGUCGACUUUUAUCCCGAGAUUGGGAAUUAGGGGUUUGUUUCUAAAUGGGUAUGGAAUGGUAUUUGAAUGUCUACAUAGAUAAAAAAAUCUGAUUAGAUUUCGUUGUCCCU